UUCGCAUGAGGGGGAGCGCGUGUGUUUGGUCGAACGGUUUGAAUAUCGCCAGGAGAUAUGGCGCUGAAGAAGAAGCGGCCGAACAGAGGCCGGAAACCCCGGGCCCACAGUCAGCCCCACCAUCGCGAUGUAGAUGUAGAGAGUGACGGCGGGGAGUUCCAGUUGGCUCCUUUAACCGAGGAGGAUGACAGCGUGGGCAAGCACAACAAUAGAUGUUUACAAAGCUUUCCUUCAGGUGAUUGUCCAUCAGAUGUAGAACCAGACACGAGAGAAAUGGUCCGGCAACAGAAUAGAAAGAAGAAGUCGGGAGGCUUUCAGUCAAUGGGUUUGAGCUUUCCUGUUUUUAAAGGUAUUAUGAAGAAAGGAUACAAAGUACCAACGCCAAUUCAGAGAAAGACUAUCCCCGUGAUAUUGGAUGGCAAGGAUGUUGUUGCAAUGGCACGGACAGGUAGCGGUAAGACUGCAGCAUUUCUUAUUCCGUUGUUUGAACGACUGAAGGUGCACAAUGCUCAGUCAGGAGCAAGAGCUUUAAUCCUUACUCCAACCAGAGAACUGGCAUUACAAACCAUGAAGUUCACUAAAGAGCUGGGAAAGUUUUCUGGCUUCAAAACAGCUUUAAUCUUGGGUGGAGACAAAAUGGAGGAUCAGUUUGAAGCACUGCACGAAAACCCUGACAUAAUAAUUGGCACACCGGGUCGUUUAAUGCAUAUAGUUGUGGAAAUGAACUUAAAGCUGCAGAACGUUGAAUAUGUGGUCUUUGAUGAAGCAGACAGAUUAUUUGAGAUGGGAUUUGCUGAGCACUUGCAAGAGAUUAUCCGAAGGCUGCCUGACUCAAGACAGACUUUGCUGUUUUCAGCUACACUACCGAAGCAACUGGUGGAGUUUGCACGUGCUGGUUUGACAGAACCAGUUCUAAUCAGACUGGAUGUGGAUACUAAGCUGAAUGAUCAGUUGCAGAUGGCAUUUUUCCAUGUCCGGUCUGAUGAUAAGGCUGCUGUUCUACUUCACUUGAUGAGAAAUAUCAUAAAACCUCAAGAGCAGACUGUCAUUUUUGUUGCUACCAAACAUCAUGUGGAAUACUUAAAAGAGCUCUUAACCAGACAGGGUAUUCACUGUUCAUACAGCUACAGUGCUCUUGACCAAACAGCAAGAAAAAUCAACAUUGGGAAAUUUGUCCACAGAAAGUGUAUGGUGAUGAUCGUCACUGACAUUGCAGCUCGUGGUAUUGAUAUUCCCAUGCUAGAUAAUGUAAUAAACUACAACUUUCCAUCCAAAGCAAAACUUUUCUUGCAUAGAGUUGGUCGAGUAGCCAGAGCUGGGAGAAGUGGUACAGCUUACUCGUUGGUAGCCCUGGAUGAAAUUCCAUAUGUUUACGAUUUACAUUUGUUUCUCGGACGUCCUCUCAAAUUUGCAAGCCAAGCUGAGAAUUCUGAAGAAACAAGUGGAAUAUAUGGCAAGGUACCCCAGAAUACCAUAGAUGAUGAGGAAUCACUACUUAUAGCAGACCAUAAGGCUUCGCUGGAUCUUCAGAACCUGAAAAGAGUGUCUGAAAAUGCUUACAGGCAGUAUCUGAAGUCAAGACCAAAUCCUUCUCCAGAAUCAAUAAAAAGGGUUAGAGAAAUGGACUUCUCAACACUGGGGAUUCAUCCUUUAUUUGGUGUGAACAUAAAAGAUGCAGAACUUCAAAGACUAAAAAUUAUUGACAGUAUCAAAAACUAUAAAGCAAAAUCUACCAUUUUUGAAGUCAAUUCUACGAAUAAAACCUCUGCAAGUGAGAUCAUGAGGAUGACACGAAAUAAACAGAUCUUGGUUAUAAACAAGUUUCAACAAUUGAAGGAAGAAAAGAAAACAGCUCCAUCUAAGAACAUGCCAACCCUGAUGGAAGCAGAUCUCCCUGAUGAAGAUAACAUUGAGACUGUCUUCUCUGAAGUUAUGGGGAGGAAAAGGAAAAGUAAACAACCAACAGAACAUUUUCCUAAAAACAAGAAAGAAUGUGAGCAGGAUGAGGAAUUUUAUAUCCCCCACCAACCUAAAGACUUCAAUUCCGAAAGAGGGUAACUACUUAAGCCUCUUUACUAU